UGAUAAACGAUGUAGCAAGUUGCUAUGUUUCUCGUUGAUUUCUAUGACUUCACUUCCGAUUCUCGCACUCUGAUCGACAUGUGCGGCAUAUUUGCUUAUCUGAACUACAAGGUGUCAAAAUCGAGACGUUUCGUGCUUCAAGCGCUCAUCAACGGUCUCAAGCGUCUCGAAUAUAGAGGAUACGAUUCGGCAGGUAUCGCAUUUGAAGCAUCGGCAAAUGGAAAGUUUCUCAUUGAAACGGUUAAACAACGUGGCAAGGUGCAAGCUCUCAGUGACAUAGUUUUCAAAUCAGAAGACAUUGACAUGGAAGAGACGCUUGAUUGUCAUGUUGGUAUGGCACAUACACGCUGGGCUACACACGGAGAACCAAGCGAAGUAAACAGCCACCCUCACAGAUCAGACCCAAGCAAUGAGUUUGUUGUCAUCCACAACGGAAUCAUCACAAACUACAAGGAUAUUAAACUUCUUCUGGAAAGCAAAGGUUUCGUAUUUGAAUCAGAAACUGACACUGAAGUUAUUCCAAAGUUGGCCAAGUAUUUGUACGAUUCAGUGGAAGGGGAGAAGAUUGGCUUUCGGGAGCUGAUUGAGAGACUCAUUGAACAACUGGAAGGAGCAUAUGCACUGGUAUUCAUGAGCAGUCAUUAUCCUGGUGAAGUUGUGGCUUCGAGGCGAGGUAGCCCUCUUCUGGUUGGCGUGAAAAGCAGCAAACAUGUCGUCACGGACCAUAUUCCUGUGUUGUAUACCUCAGAUACAGGUCGUCCAAUUGCUCCAGACAAAGCUGUGGCAAAUGCAGGUCCCGUUCUUUUGCAACGGAUGGACAGCACUCUCAAUAUCUCUGUAGAAGACAAAGAUAAGCUAGAAGUAGAAUAUUUCUUUGCAUCGGAUUCGAGUGCUAUAAUUGAACAUACUGCUCGUGUGAUAUUCCUCGAGGAUGAUGAUGUUGCUGCAGUUUCAGGAGGAAAUUUGACGGUUCAUCGAGUGCAACGUGGAUCAAUAAAAGAGUCUCCUGAAAAGCGAACUCGUGCUGUGGAAACACUCAAGAUGGAGCUUAAGCAGAUCAUGAAAGGUGGCUACAGUACAUACAUGCAGAAGGAAAUAUUUGAGCAGCCGGAAAGCAUCACGAACACCAUGAGAGGACGAGUGGAUUUUGAGCACUGCAAAGUGAAGUUAGGUGGUCUGUCUGAGCACAUGGGAAGUAUCAGACGAUGUCGUCGACUGAUCUUUAUUGCUUGUGGAACAAGCUAUCACAGUGCUUUGGCUACUCGGCGCAUUCUCGAGGAGGCCACUGAGCUGCCUGUUGUUGUUGAGUUGGCCAGUGAUUUUCUUGAUCGUUACACUCCCAUUUUUCGAGACGACGUGUGCGUAUUCAUCAGUCAGUCUGGUGAAACGGCAGAUACAUUGAAUGCUCUUCGGUACUGCAAGCAGAGGGGUGCUCUGGUGGUGGGCAUUACCAACACAGUUGGCAGCUCGAUAUCACGAUUGACUCAUUGUGGUGUACACAUCAAUGCAGGACCUGAGAUAGGAGUUGCAAGUACCAAGGCGUACACGAGUCAGAUGCUCGCUCUGGUUAUGUUUGCCUUGAUGAUGUGUGAGGAUCGUAUUUCUAUGCAGGAGCGGCGCAAUGCAAUAAUUACGGGACUGCAUCAGUUGCCUGACAUGGUCAAACAAGUCUUGAAGCUCGAUGACGAGAUUCAUAGACUUGCGGAAGAUCUUUACAAACAGAAGAGUCUCCUUGUAAUUGGUCGAGGCUUCCAGUACGCCACUUGCUUAGAAGGCGCAUUGAAAAUCAAGGAACUGACCUAUAUGCAUUCAGAGGGAAUCUUUGCUGGGGAGCUGAAGCAUGGCCCACUGGCUCUUGUCGAUAAGGAUAUGCCAGUCAUUGUCGUAGUUGUACAAGAUGACACAUAUGCUAAAUGUCACAAUGCCUUGCAACAGGUUGAAGCUCGUCAUGGUCGAACGAUUGUAAUCUGUAACAAGGGAGACGAGGAGACAAAGAAGCAUGCAUUCCGAGCACUGGAAGUGCCAAGAAUUGUCGACUGCUUGCAAGGCAUCUUGACUGUCAUCCCACUGCAGCUUUUGUCUUUUCAUAUUGCAGUGCUGAGGAAUUGUGACGUUGACUGUCCUCGAAAUUUGGCCAAGUCGGUGACAGUUGAGUAAAUUUAUAAGACAUAGAUGGAAAUACGAGGGUUGUUCAUUAUCUGACGUACUGUACUCUUUUGUUGACUUGCCUACUUGUUUUUGUACUGUAUACGAGAUACAUAGUAAUGACUGGACUGUGGCCACAGUUUAGUGGCAUUAGAGUAUUGGCAAUUUUAAUUGUGGUGCUUACAACAAUCUAGGGCGGACACAACAGUCACGUGGAUAUGACUUUCUUAGGGCCAACAAAAUUCUUACA